CAACUCUUGAGAGAAUUUUAUUACUUCCUUCUAAACCUUGCCCACAAAUGAUACGUCGGCUUGGGAGCUAAAAAACAGGUUGCAAGCUUCUGCGUGGAGGUCCACGCAUUGACCACAUCAUCACAAAUUUGAUGCAGCUGUUUUAGUGGAUUAGUAGCGAUUGAGUCCAAGAUAACCAACGACGGCCUCUUUGGACAGAGCACAAACUAUGGGGUUAAAAAAUUUGAGUGGCAGAAUCAAGUAAGCCGUCCAGCAACAACAAAGACAAGUUUUUGGGUGGCAAUGGCCAAUAAAAAAGUACUCCCUGCAAAAAUUCCUCUUGUCAAGACAGCACAGAUGGGCCCCUAGUGGGCUUAGUAAAAAUGGGUCCAUGAACAAAUUUUGUCCUUGUUGUUCAGCACCUGACUAUUUUUCCAUACAACCUAAAAGAAAACGUCCAACAAUCCUUUUUGACCCUGUUGUUAUCUGUUGGGCAAAAUCAGUUUAUUUGAAUUGAAAAUUAAGUUAUGAAGUGGAGAAUGUAUUUGAGAAAAUCUGUAUAUAAUCUCAAAUCUUAGUUCAAUCUGCAGAGUUUGCUCUUCUGCUUUAAGACUCACUUUAUUGGCCGGUUACUAAAGACAACGAAGCCCUUCCAAAAAGAAUACGAUUAUAAGAUUGUGUGAAGUUCAAAGCUGGCCGUGUCCUCGAACACCCUAUAAAAAACCCCUCCUCCAUACCCAUUUCAAAACCCCCCCAGUUCGUCCUCUCCCAUACUCUCUCUCUCUCUCUCUCUCUCUCAACAUUCUUAGGUUUUAACUCAUUUUUUCAUGCACAAUAACAAUGUGCCAACUAAACUCCUCUCUCUCAUCUAAGUGCCCUUGCCUACUCUCAAUCCAGGACCCAGAGGCCAACAUGCACACCCCAUUUUUGAUCCCCAAAAGCCCAACCUCCAAACAACGGCAGCUGGAACAUAAACUGCCACCCCAAUUUCAGGAGCCAACACACAAGACCCUCUUUUAUCUUGCCAUUAGAGAAGCCAUAUGCAUUGCCAAAAUAGCUCUUCCUAUGAUACUCACUGGUCUUUUGCUUUACUCUCGUUCGAUGAUCUCUAUGCUCUUCCUUGGUCGCCUUGGCGAGCUAGCUUUAGCCGGUGGAUCUCUUGCCAUCGGUUUUGCUAACAUAACUGGCUAUUCUAUCCUCUCUGGGCUCGCCAUGGGAAUGGAACCCAUUUGUGGUCAAGCCUUUGGAGCCCAAAAACACAGCCUUCUUGGUCUAACUUUGCAGAGAACUAUACUUUUGCUAAUAUUCACUUCCUUGCCCAUUUCUCUUCUUUGGUUAAACAUGAAAAGAAUUCUUCUCUUUUGCGGUCAAGAUAUGGCAAUAGCGACGGAAGCUCAGUCAUUUCUUCUUUAUUCUCUUCCUGACCUCUUAGCUCAAUCCUUUUUACACCCAUUGAGAAUUUAUCUGAGAACUCAAUCCAUAACCUUGCCUUUAACAUUUUGUGCUACUCUAUCAAUGGUUCUACACAUACCCAUAAACUACCUUCUCGUGACACACCUUGAUUUAGGAAUCAAAGGUGUUGCUCUUAGUGGGGUAUGGACUAACUUAAAUCUUAUAGUCUCUUUAAUCAUCUAUAUCCUUAUCUCCGGCGUCCACAAGAAGACAUGGGGAGGGUUUUCAACAGAGUGCUUCAAAGAAUGGAAAACUCUCUUGAACUUGGCCAUUCCGAGCUGCAUAUCAGUUUGUCUUGAAUGGUGGUGGUAUGAAAUCAUGAUUUUGCUAUGCGGGCUGCUGCUGAACCCAAGAGCAACCGUUGCCUCUAUGGGCAUUUUGAUUCAGACUACUUCACUAAUAUACAUAUUCCCAUCUUCUCUAAGCUUCAGCGUAUCCACGAGGGUGGGUAAUGAACUGGGUGCUAACCAGCCCAAGAAAGCAAAGCUCGCAGCUAUUGUAGGCCUCUCUUGCAGCUUCAUUCUGGGCUUUUCAGCUCUAAGUUUUACAGUUACAGUGAGGAAAAUAUGGGCAAGCAUGUUCACACAAGAUAAAGAGAUUAUUGCCUUAACAUCACUUGUUUUGCCUAUAAUAGGAUUGUGUGAGCUUGGAAACUGCCCACAAACAACAGGUUGUGGAGUUCUAAGAGGAACGGCCAGACCGAAGGUUGGGGCAAACAUAAACUUGGGUUGCUUCUACCUUGUUGGUAUGCCAGUGGCAGUAUGGUUAGCAUUUUUUGCAGGAUUUGAUUUCGAAGGAUUAUGGUUAGGUCUCUUGACCGCACAAGGCUCGUGCGUUGUGACGAUGUUGGUGGUUUUGGGUUGCACAGAUUGGGAAUUUCAAGCCCAGAGAGCUAAAGAGCUGACCGGAACUGUUGGUGUUGUAAUUGACGACGUAGAUGCCAAUCAAGAGACCGAGGAAAAUAAGCAAUCGAAACCUGAAAUCAAGGAAGAUUCUUUAUAUAAUUGUGGUGAUUCUGAUCAGUCACCAGUUUAAUAUAUCUUUCGUUUUUCUUUGGGGGAGUCCUUAAUUUUGUCCUAAGCUGUACAGAGGAGGGGAGGAGAGGGGUUAUUUGAUUUUGUCAUUUUUCUGUUUUAGACAGGGAAGUAUUUGGUAUUUACUGCUACUUCCAGUGAAAUUCAAUUUUGCCAUCGUAAUCUCCAAAACAAUAAAUGUAUGCGAAGUGGUUAAAUGC